AUGAUAGACACAACUCCCAAGAAAAGUGGAAGCAAGGAUAUUGGUGAUCGUCUGGAUUUGAGUCCGACAUCGCCUCAAACUCCAUCUCCACCAAAUAGUAAGAACAGGCGGUCAUCUACCACGUUAAGCUUUCUACCCUCGCCUUCGCAACAUGGAAACCGUCAUGGUACAGGAAUAGUCAUUCCUAAUUCACCAAGCGUGAAGUCGCGCUUACUUCCGCCAACUACACCUAAAUCGAAGCACACGGAACUGUUUCUCUCACCGUCACCUAAGCUUAAAUCACCAGGUGUGUACAAGGAUAGUGAGAAGCCCAUACGGGAAAUUUCAAACAAUUUGAAAACAAGACUGAAUUAUGCAUUUGUCAAAUUACAGAACGGGUGGGUUGACAAAACUUUACCUGAGCUGGAGUCUGAACUGAGCAGCAAGCAGGGCAAACAGAGUCCCCAGAGGAACGAUCGCUUGCGAAGGCAAGCAGAGAGUGGAAAUGAGGAAGACAAAGACAUCGUAGCAACCAAACGAACGUCUACAUAUAGCAAUCAAUUCGUGGAUCUCCAAGAAGUGGAUAGUAAUUCGGCACAUGCGGCAUUUCUGAAUGCAUUAGCAAGCCCCAAGAAGAAGCAGAGAUCAAUGUCAUCCACAUCUAUAGGAUGGAGUAAGAGUCCUCAAAAGUUGCCCCCUAUCACAACUUCAGGAAACCAACCUUCGGAAGUAGAGGCAAUCGAAACGCUCAUGUCUUUAUCAUCCCCAAAGAAACAGUCACAUAGUGGUAGCAUUGAGUUGUCAUUACCGACCCAACCAUCACUGGGGAAACAACCAGACCAACCUCGUCUCGACUUAUCCUCGAGGUCGUCCUCCACAUCUUCUCUUCAAAAUACAUUAGCAAAACCCUUUCUCCUUAAGAACGAUAAUCAAGUUCUUUUAGAUGUUGAGACGGACAUAGAGGAGCAGGAUGAUGAUAAUGAUGACUAA